AUGACCCUGGCGGAGAAAGUAAACCUAACCACCGGUACGGGGAUCUUCAUGGGCCCCUGCGCUGGCCAGACCGGCAGUGCGCUACGCUUCGGGAUCCCCAGUCUCUGCCUCCAUGAUUCGCCUCUGGGAGUGCGGAACUCCGACCACAACACGGCGUUUCCGGCCGGAAUCACUGUCGGCGCCACCUUUGACAAGGACCUCAUGUACGAGCGUGGUGUUGGAAUGGGUGAAGAGUUUCGCGGGAAGGGAGUCAAUGUCCUCUUGGGGCCAUCGGUUGGUCCUAUGGGGCGUAAACCCAGAGGUGGUCGCAACUGGGAGGGAUUCGGUGCGGACCCGAGCCUUCAAGCAAUUGGCGGUGCGCAAACGAUCAAGGGGAUCCAGAGCCGGGGUGUCAUUGCCACGAUCAAGCAUUACAUUGCCAACGAGCAGGAAAUGCAUCGCAUGAGUAGCAUCGUGACCAAAGGCUACUCGUCCAACAUCGACGAUAGGACUCUGCACGAGCUCUAUCUGUGGCCCUUUGCGGAGGGUGUGCGAGCUGGCGUGGGCUCUGUCAUGGCGGCAUACAAUGACGUCAACAGUUCAGCCUGUAGCCAGAACAGCAAGCUUCUGAACGAGAUCCUGAAGGAUGAGCUGGGUUUCCAGGGAUUCGUCAUGACCGACUGGCUGGGCCAAUAUGGUGGAGUCUCCUCAGCUCUAGCCGGCCUGGAUAUGGCUAUGCCCGGAGACGGUGCUGUACCACUGUUUGGCGAUGCUUACUGGGGCUAUGAGCUCUCUCGCUCGGUUCUCAAUGGUUCUGUCCCAGUGUCACGGCUAAAUGACAUGGUCACUAGAAUCGUUGCAACCUGGUACAAAUUUGGCCAGGAUAAAAAUUACCCGCUGCCCAACUUCUCAAUGAACACCCAGGAUGCGAAAGGGCCAUUGUAUCCAGGUGCUCUAUUUUCCCCAUCGGGGGUCGUCAAUCAAUACGUCGACGUUCAAGGAGACCAUCAUGUCACCGCAAGGGCUAUUGCAAGGGACGCCAUUACCCUGCUGAAGAAUGAAGACAAUAUCCUACCUCUGCAAGGGAACGACUCUUUGAAAGUGUUUGGAAGUGAUGUCGGCGGGAAUCCUGGAGGCCUCAACUCUUGUAACGAUCAGGGAUGCAACAAAGGGGUGUUGACUAUGGGAUGGGGGAGUGGAACGUCUAGACUUCCCUACCUGGUCACGCCACAAGAUGCCAUUGCCAACAUCUCCUCCGCGACUGAAUUCUAUAUCACCGACAAUUUUCCUUCGACGGUCUCGGAGAACUACAUCACCGUCGAAGGUAACCCAGGUGACCGAACGACAGCCGGCCUCAAGGCGUGGCACAACGGCGACGAUCUCGUCAAGGAAGCUGCGGCUAAGUUCUCCCAGGUGGUUGUGGUCGUGCACACCGUGGGACCCCUCAUCAUGGAGGAAUGGAUCGAUUUGCCAUCGGUCAAGGCCGUCCUCGUCGCUCAUCUUCCUGGCCAGGAGGCCGGCAACUCACUGACUGAUAUCCUUUUUGGCGCAUACAGCCCCAGCGGCCAUCUACCAUACACCAUCCCCAGUAGUGAAUCGGAUUACCCGUCCAGCGUGGAUCUAAUCUCACAGCCCUUCGGCCAGAUCCAGGACACCUACACCGAAGGACUAUACAUCGACUACCGCCACUUCAUCAAGGCCAACAUCAGACCGCGAUAUCCGUUCGGCCACGGACUCUCGUAUACCACGUUCAGCUUCUCGCUGCCCACAGUGACACCGGGGACUGCGCUUGAAAGCGCGUAUCCACCGACCCGGCCCUCCAAAGGCACGACCCCAACAUACGCAAACACCGCCCCCGAUCCAUCGGAAGUAGCCUGGCCAAAGCACUUCGACCGCAUCUGGCGCUAUCUCUACCCAUACCUCAAUAACCCCGAGGGCGCCGCGAAGAAUUCGAGCAGCAAGUACCCUUAUCCAGACGGCUACACAACUGAACCAAAGCCCGCCCCACGCGCUGGUGGCGCGGAAGGAGGCAACCCUGCCCUCUGGGACGUCGCUUUUACUGUCAGCGUGACGGUCACGAAUACCGGCAAGCGUCCUGGCCGUGCGGUGGCUCAGCUCUACGCGGAAUUGCCAGAGAGCUUGGGGGUAGAGACGCCGUCGCGGCAGCUGCGACAGUUUGGGAAGACGAAGACUCUGGCGCCUGGCGCCAGCGAGACUCUUCGGUUGGGGAUUACUCGAAAGGACCUCAGUGUAUGGGACACGGUGGUGCAGGAUUGGAAGGCGCCUGUGAACGGGGAAGGGGUCAAGAUCUGGAUUGGCGAAAGUGUGCUGGAUAUGCAUGGGAUGUGCGAGAUGGGUGGGGGAUGCACUGCUAUAUAA